AGAAAGAUGGCUGCAUUGUUGUUGGCGACUGUUGGGUGCUUGUUUGGCAAUUAAUGUUUGUUUCUUUGCUUUGUUAUGACUUCGUGUUAUAAUACGAGUUUAUUUUUGUGCCUUUGUUUAAACAGUUUUAUUAAUUGACUUAUGCUUAUAGCCAGCAGUCGUCAUAUUGAGCAUUUAACCUAAUGUUAGAUACAAAACCCACCCGUAGUGUAGAUUAGACGUAAGGUUUAGUUGUAUAAUAGUAGAAAAUAAACAAUCAUCAUGUGGCCAGCGUCGCAGUACUCACAUACAAACAAUCAAAACCAAAAUAGUUCAAAAUCAAAUGAACACCAGAAUCCGCAGAAUUUGAAAACACUGGGGAUGACCUCCGCCAUUUCUAUGGCAGGUCCCAAACCGAUUGAUAUAGAGAAAACAAAUGAAUUGAAAGAUUCUCUCAUACCCUAUGGGGUGUUUGAAUCGGAGGCAGAAAUGCAUCACAGGAUGGAGGUGCUGGGUGCACUACACAGAUUGGUUCGACAGUGGAUUAGAGAUGAGUCGUUGAGGAAAAAUAUGCCUCCAAGUGUAGCUGAAACUGUCGGUGGAAAUAUAUACACUUUUGGAUCGUACAGACUUGGUGUGCACCACAGAGGCGCCGAUAUCGACGCGCUGUGCGUGGCUCCGAGACACAUUGAUAGAUCUGAUUAUUUCCAAUCUUUCUAUGAGCUACUGAAGCAACAACCACAGGUGAAGGAUUUGCGCGCAGUGGAAGACGCUUUCGUGCCGGUCAUCAAGAUGAACUUUGAUGGGAUCGAGAUAGAUUUGCUGUUCGCUAGGUUGGCGCUGAAGGAGAUACCAGACUCAUUCGAUCUCCGGGACGAUAUGCUGCUGAAGAACCUGGACCAGAAAUGUGUGAGAUCGCUCAACGGUUGCCGGGUGACAGACGAGAUACUGCGGCUGGUGCCCAACAUCAAUAACUUUAGGCUCACCUUGAGAGCUAUUAAGCUUUGGGCGAAACGCCACGGCAUAUAUUCCAACACGCUUGGCUACCUCGGCGGGGUGUCGUGGGCCAUGCUGGUGGCCCGCACCUGCCAGCUGUACCCGAACGCCCUGCCGGCCACGCUGGUGCACAAGUUCUUUCUCGUCUUCAGCCAGUGGAAGUGGCCGCAGCCGGUGCUGUUGAAGCAGCCGGACUCGGUGAAUUUGGGCUUCCCGGUGUGGGAUCCGAGGGUUAACAUGUCAGACCGUUUCCACCUGAUGCCGAUCAUCACUCCAGCAUACCCUCAGCAGAAUUCCACCUUCAAUGUCUCCGCUUCGACCAGAACUGUCAUCAUGGAGGAGUUUAGGCUUGGUCUCGCGAUAACCGACGAGAUAAUGCUCGGCAAGUGCGGGUGGGAGCGGCUAUUCGAGGCGCCCAACUUCUUCUCGCGCUACAAGCACUUCAUAGUGCUGCUCGCGUCGUCCGCCGCCGCCGACGACCAGCUGCAGUGGUGCGGCCUCAUCGAAAACGCAUUGUAACGAAUUCCAGCGACCCUAGAGAGGAACCAGCACAUCACGAUAGCGCACGUGAACCCCGAGUGCUACAACUCGGUGCCGCUCAGCGCCAACAACGGCCAGCCGCUCGCGCUGCCGCCGGGGACACCAGUGGCCCCAGUCAGUCCGGAUGCAGAAGUUAAAAAGAAUGAAAAUGGUGAAGUGAUAGCCAACGUGUGCUCCAUGUGGUUCAUCGGGCUGGUGUUUGACAAGACCAACGUGAACGUUGACCUCACAUACGAUAUACUCUCGUUCACCAAAGUGGUGCACUAUCAGGCUGAAAUCACUAAUAUGCUGAGGGAGGGCAUGACUAUUGAGGCACGCCACGUGCGCCGCAAGCAGCUGCACCAGUACCUGUCGCCGUCGCUGCUGAAGCGCGAGCGCACCACGUCGGGCGCCAAGCGCAAGCAGGACAGCGCCGCGCAGCCCGCGCAGCCCGCGCCCCUCAAGAAGACGAAGCGCUUGUCCGAGAGCAGUACCGACGAGGUCAGCCUCCUCUCCUACAAUGAAGACUCAAACUCAUCCAACGUGUACGAAGUGAACAUACAGAACGGCAACGCCGUCAAUCACUCGCAAGAGGAGAGGAAACCAACGGAGAAGCCCCUAGCACCACCCGAACACACUCCGUCAACGUCCAACACUAUAGCGUGCACAUAGCAUUACGAAGAAUGGCGCGAGCGGUUCAUAUACGGGCCACAUCGCGCUAGAUACCGCAUCAAACGUGUUUAAGUGAUGUUUAAGUGAUGUUAGUGACGGCGUAUGUGUUAAAAUAUAUAAAAAAAAAACAAACAAACAACCCCCACUAGGAAUCUCGUAGUGUGAAUACAACUUAGUGCAGUGAUGUGACACUAUGAAGUGUGGGAUGUGAUUUUUUGCUACUCGGUAAGUGUAGAUGUUUUGCCGGGAGGGUAGAGUAGUUUUUCUUUUCGUAUUUAUUCCUACCGAUUGCAUGAUGAGCGAUGGUUUGGUCAUGAUGGGACGCAACGCGUUUUUAAUGUGAAUGUGGCUUGUGCGUUAGUGCUAGUAACACAAGUUGACCGUAAAUGAUUUCAACAAUUUAGUUGUUACAUAUUUCAUAUCUUUUGCCGUGAAAGGUAAGUAUUUAGUAUUCAACGACAUUUGUAAUUUAAUUGGAAUGUUUAGAUGCAGUUUUUAUAUAAACAAAAAUAUAUUGUAUCAAUAAUUAUUUGAGACAUUAUUCACAUUAAAAACUAGUGGAAAACAAUGAAAUAUAGCGGUGAUGUUUUGGUUGUUUCCCUUGCAGGUGACAUGGACAUGACUGCUCAUCGGUUACACGUAAGUUUUAUGUAGAUUAUAGAUUACUUGUUGCGGUGUUUUGCUAUUGUGAACUUAUAGCAGGGUUCUUUUAUAUCCUAUUAAUAUUAUUAACGCAAAAGUUUGUUCGGAUAUAUGGAUGUAGGUAUGUUUGUUUCUGUUUUACACGAAAACCACUGCAAGGAUUUUGAUGAUACUUGACAGUGAUGUAGCUUAUAAAUCCGAGUAACACAUAGCCUACAGAAAAUUUUGAUUAUUAUUUCCUUGUAAAUUAAAUUUAAGUUUAAUAUGGAGCAAUUUAAGAAAUCACUCAAGAUAUCAAUGCAAGAUUUCUCAUUUUUUAUAGAAGGACAACCAAUAUUUUAUUAGGGCUUAACUUUGUCAUGUCAUUUUGAAUCUUUGAACAAUUGAUAUUAGAAACAAUUUUGAAAAAUUUUAAACAUACAUGCUAAAUUGUGCCUUAGAUGUGAAGUUGGAUUUUUGUAAGAAUUAAUUAAAUGAUAAUUAACAACUCAUAUAGAUAUGAUGGUCACUCUUUGCUUCUUUGAAAAUAAGUUUUAGUUAACACCAUAAUGGUGCUGUAAAUCAAUUCAUUAAUGUCAAUUGGAUAACAAGAAAUUCGGGACAUAUUUGUGUAAAGGAAUGUUUAUAAGCAAUAAUAUAAUUAGACAUUUAACUUCUGUGUGGAGAUAUUUUUCCACUAAUAAAGCUAAAUCUUUUACCUGGCUGAAAUUUAAAUAUUCAGGUUUAUAUGUGAAGAAAUAUUAUUUCGGGUAUGUGAUUACCUAUGCUAUAUGCUCACAAUAGCACUACACUCAGAUUGAACAAGACAAGAGAUUGACAUUAUGGGUUUUGUCUUGUUGCAAUAUUAUUGUCACAUUGACCGGUAUCUCGAGGCGUUUGGGAGGAAACUAUUUUUUAAAUAACCACAAAAUGUUUACGUCAAGGCGACACGUUUUUAUGUCUGUACGACAUUUUAUUAGAGACCCGAGAUUUUCGAUUUAUAGUAAACGAAUUUAUUUCAAAUUUAAUUCAAUGUACAUAUGUUACGGAAAAUAUAUUAUUAGAUUGUUUUAUCAUUUCUUACAAACGCCAGUAAUAGUACAAAGUAGGAGAAAUUUUCUGUUGCGAAUAAUUGAUUGUUGGACUAAUUAUUGUCUAUGAUUAUGUACGAUCCACUCAAUAUUUCACGUGUAUAUACUCAUAUUUUCAUUAUAUAUUUUCUUCUACUUGUAUAAUUUUUUUGCAAUAUUCCAAUAACUUACCUAUCAUUCAUGAUACUGUAUUUGCAUCAUUUAAGUUACAGUUGUGAUCAAUUGGAUAGAAUGGAUAGGUAAUUUUUAUUUAAAGACCUCUAUAUUAUAUAGAUAGGAAAUAAAAUAAAACGUAUGCAGUUUACAGGGGAUAUUAAUUAAUUUGAUUUAACACAUUUUAGUGUCAUGUGGCCUUAUAUUGAAGUUGGUAGAAUUUUUGGAACAUUACUAUAAUGAUAGAUAAUUUUAAGAAGAGAUUAGUAGAAGUGUAUCGGAGUAGAAUUCGUGUAUUAUGUAAUUCUGCUCACACAUAUUUUUCAAUAGUUACAUUUUCCCGUUUAUCACGAGGAAUUUACGAAUAUUAUCGAAAAAGCUUGGCAAGAUACUUAAUAAGUUAGUCUAAAGGAGUACUUGAACGAAUUGUAACAUAACUUGAUGCAAAUACACUUUCUCAUUU